GUCUUUUCCACUUUCAUACUAUCAUCUACUGUCUUAACAUAUCUUAUCUUAUCUUAUCCUACUUAUUAACUCUUAUUAAAUCCAUAUCACCAUAAAUUACCAAUUUCAAUUUUUUUUGCCCCUUUUUUUGAAUCAUAAUCAUAUAUUCUAUUAAAUUAUAACAAAUUUGUCUAUCAUUAUCCUUAGUUUAUAUAUUCAAUCUUUAAACAAAUUAUAAAUAGUUAAAUUUCUAUUGAAACAAUUAAAAAAAAACAAAUUAAACAAUAAAGAUAAUCCUUAAUGUCUGAUUUUCUUUUCGAUUCAAUUCCUGAAUUUCCUACAAAUUCAACCUCUAUUGUGGGUGAAUCCAUAUUCGAUUCAUUUGCUCCAAACUCAUUGGAAGAUUUGAAUUUCAAUAACCCUCCUUCAAAUCAUCUAGCUAAAAAAUUAUCAAAUAACCAAAAGUUAUUUAGAUUAUCUGAGUUUGAUAUUUCAAAAGAUUUUUUUAACUUUAAUAACAAUAAUAACAAUAAUAACAAUAAUAACAAUAACAAUAGUAUUAACUUUAGUAAUGAAAAUAGUAAUAGACGUAAUAAUGCCAUCAGCCAUGAUGAUGUUGUUGCUCCUAAACAAACCAUAUCUCGUGAGGAAUUAUUGCUCAUCACUGAUCAGGUGUUUUCUAAUGACAAUGUUUCAAUAUUUGAUGAAAAACUAGAUUCAUCUACCUGGACUUCAUUAUUUGAUAACAAUGAUGAUUUCAAUGAAUUUGAUGAUAUGAAUGGUUUUUUCACUCAAUCAAAGCACUUAGUUGAUGCCUUUGAAAACAUUAAUUCAUCCGCAAAUUCUCUUUCUCUCUCUGAUCUCUUUAAUUCAAAUGAGUUUUCAUCAAACAACACCAGUAUCAACAAUAAUAACUCUAACCUUAACUCUAAUAAUAUUAUUUCUCAUUCCAAAAAAAGAUCUCUUAAUGACUUAAAUGAUCAAAUGUUAAACUUGAAUGUUUUAACUCCUCCUGUCAUAUCUACAUCUCCAUCUAGUGCUCUAUUACCUAACCAAUUGGAAUCUGAUUUAAAUAUCAAAAAAAGAAAAAAAAUUAGUACUCCUCAGACUCCUAAAGUUGAUCACUUGGGCUGUAUCUCUUAUAAUAGAAAGCAUCGUUCAGCUCCUUUAAACCCAAUUGUUCCUGACUCAAAUGAUCCGGUUUCGUUAAAAAGAGCAAGAAACACUGAGGCCGCAAGAAGAUCAAGAGCUAGAAAAAUGGAAAGAAUGAAUCAAUUGGAAGAAAAAGUAGAAGGUUUAGUUGGUAUCAAUUCAGAAAUUAUUAAAGAAAAUUCAAACUUGAAACAAGAAAAUGCUAGCUUGAAGCAAGAAAUCCAAAGAUUAAACUCAAUCUUAGCUAACUACCUUCAAAAAUCUAAUGACUAAAAUGCAUAAACUAGCUUUCUGUAUUGUUUAUUCGUGUUUAUUCAUUAUUACUAAUUUCUAUUUUAUUUAUUUAUAAAGUUGUCUUUCUCUUUUGUUUUAAAUUUUUCUGUUUAUUUGUUUUUGUUUCAUAGUGAUUUUUUAUAACGCAACUGAUAGUUUAUUUGAGAUUUUUAUAUAUCAAUAUAUCAUAUGUUUUAAAAGACAUUAAAUGUAGAUUUUAUUUUUUGGG